AUGCCUAGAGAAAUUGACCUUAAGCGCCGCCGCACGCGCAAGGACUACAUCUUUCACCAGACCUAUCGCACACGAUGGCACGAUAAUGACAUGUACGCACACCUAAACAACACUGUCUACGCGCAACUCUUCGACUCGAUCAUCAACCACUACCUGAUAACCGAGUGCGGCAUGGACCCCUUCUCGUACACUUCCUCGACCCCAGCCAAAAACGACAUCAAUCCGUCCGGCCAGGUCGCCAUUAUGGUGAACUCCUACUGCGACUACUUUGCGUCUGUCUCGUACCCAGAUAUUCUGGAUUUAGGAUUGCGCGUGAACAAAUUGGGUUCGACGAGCGUUACGUAUGAGGUCGGGGUUUUUAAGCAGGGCGAGGAGGACGUCAAGGUCGUUGGCGGUUAUACGCAUGUUUGGUGUGAGAGGGGAGUCAUGAGGCCUGCAAAGGGUGGAAUGGAAAGAGGAAUUCGGGAGGCGUUGGGAAAGUUGCUGGUUAAAGAAGAGAGUAAGAUCUGA